AACACGAAGCCCUUAUAACCUUCAAUUGCUGCAAUGUCUAAUUUUGACAAUGGCGCAGAACUAGAACUUGCACAAAAGUUUAAGGAAAAGGUGCUUGCUAGAAAGCGAGGAGCGGGGACUCGUCAGCCCAAGUUUCGUGGAUUCAGCAUUGAAAAGGCCACAGAUAUAGCCCAAGCGACAACGAUAUCAGGAAUAGAAAUUGGGAGAAAUGCCCUUGCCCCACAAACCUCUUCCACAGCAACUGCGGCUCCCCAGCAAGCCGAAACAACAGCACUGCCUAACUUUGAAAAUGUCAAAAAUGGGCCCAGAAUGUCAACCAACAUAGAAGGAUUGAAUGAAAAAUAUAAGGAACGACUCAAAGCGCGCUUUAGAGGAGCAGGAGCUCAUCAAUCGGAUUUUAGAGGCUUUACGCUUAAACCAACAAAAGAUUCAGAUCGCGGAGCAACUGGAAGACUACCAGGGACUAUGCUAUCACCAAAGCUAACAAGGGAGACAUCAGAAAGAGCGCAUGACUUGCGAAGGCCUGAAUCAGAUAUAGGGAAAUCUGAUUUCCAACGACCUUCGUUGGAUAUCCGGAAUGCCCAUACCUCAGCUCAGCUCGAGCUUUCACAGGCGUUAAACAGCCUUUCAAUUGACAAAGAUUCAGCAGCAAGGAGAGCCUCAAGAGCUUCAUCAUUAGCGAAUGGAUCUCGUCGUCCUACACCAAUCCUAAACCUUCUUAAGGAUACUCGUACACCUGCCUUCUCGGUACCUAUAUCCUCACCCUCCUCCAUUCCAAACCCAUCUACAGACAGUCAACGAGUAGUGUCAGUAGGAACUGGUGCAGAUUCAUCAAGGCUUACCACCACACAAGCCCCUAGUAUUAAGCAAGCUUGGAGCACCAAUCGCAUGAGUGGAAUAUCACCUAACUCUCAAAGUGAGUCGAGCAGAGACAAGGCAAUUACUUCAUCUGAUAGCACCCAACACUCUGAGGAGUCCUCAGGAAGAGUAUUAGGAACCACAUUCGAUCGGCGACCUGUUAUUGAGGAUACUAUUGAUGAUACAGGGUUUACAGAUGAUUAUGGUGUUCAUGAUCCUAUACCAGAGCUAAUCCAAAAAAACAUAACACCAGCACAGACCCACAAUGAUCUCAAAAGGACCUCCAUUUCGGCCACACCCUCAGACAAAACAAAUAUAUCGACUCGCAGGGAUGAUGUAGGAUCGAUCAAGCGUCGGCGUCUCAUUCUGGAAGAAGAACCUGAUGAAAAUGAAGACCCAUCACCUAUCUAUCACAAUAAAAUGUCAGUCAAACCAAUGGCAACUAGCAGCCUAAAGAAAAAAUUCGCAUUGCCCGAAAAGAUGUUGCGCAGGGAGAAAUUCGUUAAUAUAGACGCAGCUAAAGCGCCAAAACCCAAGGAUGUAAAUCGUAUAGCUCCAGCAUCAUUAGCGCUAACAUCAGCACCAGGGAAAGGGGCUUCUACUUUGAAUGAUCCAAAGCCUCUUCGGCAAGCAACCCUGGUGCAACUAUCAUCUAGGCCAUUAGGGCCAGAACAUGGCGCCACGAUAGCCCGUUCAGUAUUUUUACAGCAGCAGUCUUCAGCAAUGGAUACAAAUGACAAUGAGAGCGAUAUUGAGGAGACCAUAACCAAGGCAAUGAAAUUGGAUGAAGAGCACAAAAAUGAUGAUUCACUAUUAUUGACGAAAAAAGCGAAAGGGAGCAGGAAAGGUAUCUCUGAUCAAACGGUGGAAAACUUUAAACAACUUCAGAUCCACUGUCUCAAGUUUGGAGGCUCCUUUAACCGUGCUAGUCGCCCUGCCACUGAUGCCAACAAGGAGAGGACCAAAGAAUCGCCUAUGGAAGAGGAUCCUAUGGAUCAUGACAAGGAGACGCCAUCCGCACAGGAGGCAAUUCAGAGCAUCUUGGAAAUCGACAAUGCCCCACUCAGCGAGAUGGAUGUCAUCGCAGAAGCUGUUAGGGAUGUUGCAGAUAAGUUUAUAGAAACAAUUGACGAACCCAGUUUGAAGCAAGAAUUGUUGACACUCCGUGAAAAUAUGGAAACACUUUUGAUUGAACAGGUUGAUACGUUGGAUGAUUACACUCUCCUGAAGGCUUCUGCGCGAAAAGCUGCUGCCCUAAAGAAGGAGCUACGGACACGGCUGUUAGAAACACAGAGACGGCGGCAGAAGACGAGGGAAGAACUCAAGCGCGUGCGAGUCAAAUUUGAGAGGGAAGAAAGAGUUAGACGACGAUUAGAGGACACCCAUACCUUUUUGGCUGACCUGGAGGCAUUACGGGAUCAAGUGGUAGGCUCGGAUGAUGAAGAGGAUAAGGAAGAUGAUCGCGUGGAUAUUUUGAAGACUGGUCUUCAAAGUAUGGCCGCUACAGUUGGAAGGCGUUGCGGUAGUAGCAACAGCAGCAACAGUGGCACUAUUGAUAAGAACAAGGGUAUACAGUCAGGAAUGCUAGGUACACUUGAGGAGUUUAAUGAGCUGUUGGAGUCGAUGGAGAAGAGUCUUCGGACUAUGCCUCUGAUCACCUACUCACAAAAGCUUAGCACAUCAAGGUUCAGUGAUGAUGACGAGGAACCGGACUUGGAUGAUCUUGUUAAUUUUUGAGUCUUUUGAUCCGACCUCAUUUCACGCUAAAGUAGUGU